AACGAGCUGAGAUCGGUACUGACUUAUCGAACUUCAGAGCAGUCAUCUAUGCACGGCGGACGACCCCGCUUGAGGCAUCCUUUACGUUAUUCGUAUCGCAACCGACGCGAAUCAAAUGUCGAAAGACCACGACGACUACGACUAUCUAUUUAAAGUAGUCUUGAUCGGUGAUUCCGGUGUCGGAAAGUCCAAUUUGCUGUCACGCUUUACGCGAAAUGAAUUCUGCUCGGAGUCGAAGUCAACCAUCGGCGUAGAGUUCGCAACGCGAUGCAUCGAGGUAUGCUUGGAAGGCAAAACGGUCAAAGCACAAAUAUGGGACACAGCUGGCCAAGAAAGGUAUAGGGCCAUAACGAGCGCGUACUACAGAGGGGCAGUUGGCGCACUCCUUGUCUAUGACAUCACCAAGUCAGAGUCCUACGACAAUGUCCAAAAAUGGUUGAAGGAGCUCAGGGAUCAUGCAGACUCAAAUAUCGUGAUAACGCUCGUUGGAAACAAAACGGAUUUAAAGCAUCUGCGAUCCGUGCAGGCCGAAAGUGCGGCCGAGUUCUCUUCCAUUGAAGGUUUGUCAUUUGUCGAGACAUCGGCGUGCGAGUCUACAAAUGUCGACGUCGCCUUCAAGAAGAAUUUGACUGAUGUAUAUCACAUCAUUUCAAAGAAAUCUUGUUCAAGCGCAGAGGUCGAUGACAAGAAUGGCGGCGCUGGAAUAAUAGAAGUAAAAGCCAUCAGUGAAAGCUCUAAAAAGAAUCCCUCGAAGUGUUGCAACGUUUGACCAUUCAGAUGCUGCGAGACACUAUGAUCUCGUGGUCCAUUAUUGAUGCAACAUUGACUCGAAGAAAGUCACCUACUUCUUUUAGUUGAGCAGAGACAGGCGGCGACGAGCAAAUCACUUCGAUUUCAAUAUAAAGUCGUGAAUAAAUUGUAGUGCUACUCGUCUUCACGCGU